AUGCUAGCUGGGUUUGAUAAAGAGGAAAUUGCUGGAGGUAUUGAAACCGAUGCCCUAGAAGAAUGGUAUGCACAAUGCAUGGAUGUCGAUCACCUAGAGCCUGCCCACAUACAACUAGACGAUGAUCUCGACCCAAGAACACUUGGAGGAUCAGACGCUUCUCUGUCCGAGGUGUCCGACACUUCAUCCAGAGGAAAGGGUCAUAUGUGUUCAUGCCCGACUACGGCCUUGACUGCACUCCAAAACAUGUUCAGUGUCGAGGUUCAGUGCAAGGAAAGCGGUAUAAACUCUGGUCUCACACUCGGCGAUCAAAUUUUCAAGGUCAAUCGUGUCACUAUGCAGCACUUGGAGCGUAUCUUGACUUGUAACGAUGGGAUCUGCGCUAUUGACCCCGCCGUAUUUUUCAUGGUCAUGGCCCUGUUUUCCAAAGUCUUGACCGGAUACCAUUCAGCUUUCGUCUCUUUUACACGUGAACCUCCCCCAUCACAACGCGCAGAUUUACCCCAUUCAAUACUGGGCUCUCUUCUGAGGCCUUGUCCUGCCACUACCAUCCAGUUCGGGAAUCUUGCCCUGGACUUCUCUUCCGAGCAGCGUAUGAAGGCGCAAUUUCUGCUUUGUGAAGUGCAAAAGCUGAGCCUGGUGUUUGGCCUUGCGAAAGCACGACCAUUUUAUCAUACACAAGAUGACGAACCGCUAGGAUUAGGCUCUGGCAAAAAGCCAUUGCCAAUACCAGCCGUUCAGCAGACUUUGGAUGAUUUGAUUACUUCGAUUAAAGACUAUUGUAUCACCAGACCGCCGAUUUAG